AUGAGCCCUCCGAUGCCUGAUCUGUACGCUCCGGGCACGAGAUUGACCGUGGGAUCGCACCAGGCUCAAGUCAUCAAGUACCUGACCAGCGGUGGGUUUGCACACAUUUACACUGCCCAAAUCAUACCGCAAAACACUAAUGAGAGCCCUCGAAUCGCAUGCUUGAAGCGAGUUUUAGUACCAGAUAAACAAAAUUUGAAUACUCUGAGGGCAGAAGUCGAUGCAAUGAAGCUGCUGCGCAAUGAGAAGCAUGUUGUGUCGUACAUUGAUUCCCAUGCAUCGAAAUCGGGUCAUAACGACGGAACUUAUGAGGUAUUCUUGCUUAUGGAAUAUUGUGCUCGCGGCGGGCUUAUUGAUUUUAUGAAUACCCGAUUGCGUGACCGACUGCAAGAGCAUGAAGUUCUCAAAAUAAUGAGCCAUGUGUGUCAGGGGAUCGCUGCGAUGCAUGCGCUUGAACCACCGCUGAUUCACAGAGAUAUUAAGAUCGAAAACGUUUUGAUCUCCGAAGACGAUAUUUUCAAGGUGUGCGAUUUUGGUUCCGUUUGUGGUAUCAUUAGACCUCCCAAGACUCAGCAAGAACUCCAAUAUGUUCAACACGACAUUUUGAAAAACACCACGGCCCAAUAUCGUGCUCCAGAAAUGAUUGAUCUUUACCGGGGAUUUGCCGUUAAUGAAAAAUCUGAUAUUUGGGCGCUUGGAAUUUUCUUAUACAAACUGUGCUAUUAUACAACACCUUUUGAGAAAACCGGAGAAGUGGCCAUUUUGCAUUCAAAGUUCCAGUUUCUUGCAUUCCCACAGUACAGCGACCGAAUGAAGAAUUUGAUCAGCGCAAUGCUUCGUGAAGAUCCGACAAAUCGUCCUAAUAUUUGCCAAGUUCUAGAAGAGAUUUCCCGCAUGCAGGGUGUCGCAUGCCCGAUUAGAAAUUUCUAUUUGGUAAGAUCCAUGCACCACUAUUCGCCACCCGAAGAAAUUCAACAGCAGAAUGGCUAUCAACAACAAAUGGCCAUGCACAACUCUACAAGCCAGCCACAAUUAGCAUCGGUGCCCAGAAGCACACCGCCAGCAAGUCAGCCAAACGGCUCUCUUCCAUUGAGACCAACAAAAUCGUUCACCGCAGUACCUGCUGUCAUGUCCAGUAUUUCGGGAGCACCGUCUUUACCCUAUCAAGGGUCCCAGCUGCCCUUGUCGCUUCCUGCACAUGUACAUACUAUUGCGAACGCCAAUUUCGAUCCGUUCCAGGCAAAUAAGAACAGCUUCCUUUCCGUUGCGUACUCUCAGUCUCAAAAGGCUGAUCAUCAUAUGCAACCAAGAGCGCAAACUUUUAACACCAGCUACUCAACAAAUCUUGAGCCAAUUGAACCAACGAAUUCACAAGGUGUAAUUCAUGCUGUUGACUUACCAAGCAUACGGGCCUCCAAUAGUUCAACGAGAGCUUCACCACCCAACUAUGUCGACUCUGGAACUCAGACUUUGGAUGAAGAUGUGUUUUUGAGAAGAAGUGCGUCCGGCGCAAUUUCUCAACAAUCGCUUGACUCAUCGUCUUCCGUGGAAUCACUAGAACCACAGUCAAGCGGAAGUAGCUUGAGGAAAACUUUUGGAAAGAAACUGAAGAGGAUUUUGACUGGAGAAGGGCGAUCGGUUUCCCCCAUUAAGUCUAGACAUAACACUGGUGACUCGGUAAAAUCAGCGUUUUCAUCACUGCGUCGCGGCCUAUCUUCUGGUAGCUUCACGGGUGAUCCUUCUUCAAGAAAAGCUUCUAAUGAACCAUCACGCAGUCUGUCGCUAUCCAAAUAUAGAGUGUCGUCCUCUGAGUCAAUAGAAGAAGAGCCGCUUACAAGUGAGGCGUUGAGGUCAAUUCCAAGAAGAGAACAGAAAAAUCCUUCGAUUGUUGAAGAUCUAGAUCGGCUAGAAUUGGAAAAUGACACCGAAGCUCGUGAGUACUAUAGGUCGCAGGCAAAGAUGCACAUCACGUCCAAUAAGGCAUCGAAAGAUUCUAUUCAACAAAGAGUCAAAGAUCUCCUGAAUAGCUCACAGACUACACCUCUGAAGAAAACCGCAGAAGGAUAUGGAAAGUAUACUAUCAGCGCUUUGGAAGGGAUAGCUCGUCAAAGUACGAAUGAAACUUUGGUCUCGCUUUCUGGGAAUUCUGAUUUAUCAACACCGAAGGUAUUGUCACCAAUCGUCAGACGGCCUGCUGCGGUCGAGAGUCCCCUCAAAACGAAGAAGCGGACUUCGGCAAAAAAGAAACCGGCGAAACCUCAUAAGCCUCAGCAUUUGAGACCAAAUCCACCAAAGAAACCCGCGCAUUUGAGAGGCGGACUUGUCGUGAAAACUGAGCAAUCAGCUGUCUCUAGUGAUCUCCACGCGGAUCUUAGUUACGAGGACCUCGAAAAGGAUUUCAAAAGAAGAUAUCCUAGCGCCGUCUAA